GGAGCUGGGUGUCGCCCUGCUCUCUGAGCCGAAGGCAGGACUCCCCAGUCGAGAUUCAGCGCAGUCCGCGUCGUGGCCCCCUUGUCCGCUAGGUACUACCGUCUCGUUAACUGUGUGUGCCGCGUGAAAUGUCUGAAGGAGCCAUGGGAGUCGAAGGCUGCACCAAAUUUAUCAAAUACCUGCUAUUCUUCUUCAACUUCAUCUUCUGGCUUGCUGGAGGAGUCAUCCUGGGCGUGGCCCUGUGGUUGAGACAUGACCCAAAGACAAGCAACCUGCUGGAGCUCGAAUUCGAUGGAGCCCACGCCCCCAGCACCUUCUACAUAAGUGUCCACAUCCUGAUCGCUGUCGGCGCAGUGAUGAUGGUGGUCGGUUUCCUCGGGUGUUAUGGUGCCAUCCAAGAAUCCCAGUGUCUCCUCGGAACUUUCUUCGCCUGCCUGGUCAUCCUGUUCGCCUGUGAAGUUGCAGCUGGAAUCUGGGGCUUCAUGCACAAAGACACUGUGUCGAAGGAGAUGAUCAACUUCUAUGACUCCGUGUACGACAAGGCCAUGGCGCAAAGCCUCACCGACCAGAACAAGAAGCAGGCUGCUGCCACCGUGCUGAAGGUCUUCCAUGAGACGCUGAGCUGCUGUGGAAAAGGCCAGGGGACGUCUAUUCUGACAAAGCUCACAGACACGCUCGGCCUGACCGACCUCUGCCCCAGCAACGCACAACUGAUUAGUUGCCACAACAGGAUCCAGGAGAUAUUCUCCGAUAAGAUUUACCUGAUCGGUAUCGCCGCCCUGGUGGUCGCAGUUAUUAUGAUCUUCGAGAUGAUCUUCAGCAUGGUGUUGUGCUGCGGCAUCCGCAACAGCCCGGUGUACUAAAGCGACGGCGGCUGCCGGCGGACGUGCAGAUGAAGGAAGGACGACCUAGCAGUCGCUGUCUCAUUCAUUCUCUUUUUUUUUUCUAAGCAGGAUACCUAACAUAUAUAUAUAUAUAUCGCUUGCUGGAUUUAGUCAGCUCGUUGAGAAGACAACGCAAAAUCCAUCCUCCGUUGAGCAUUUGAAUCACACAGUAAAUGAAUAUUUGUUAGUCACAGAUGUUAUGCAUAUGUGACCAGUGCUAUCAUAACCCGAUGAGUAGAUUCGUAUUCUGUCGCACUGCCACACACAACUUACUUUCACCAGUCCUGGUGCUUUAAUCCUUUAGGGAUUCAUUAGAUGUUUACUGCCUCCUUGCCUAUGAACAUGUUCUUAUACUCUUGGUUUUAUGGAUGUUUGGUUUUUUCCACUGUUUUAUGUAUAAACUGUAUAUAAAUAUAUAUAUUAACAGUGCUUUAUGACUGCAUGAGCAUGGAUAUUACAGUAAAUUCUUCUCCUGUUUUCUUCCUGCACUCAUUAGUCUUGCCCUAGAAUGAACCAGAUGAGACUGACACUAGUGUCGGCUGAUUAGAAGUGAACAUGACACACACACACACAUACACAGACACACACACACACACACACACACACACACACACACACACACACACACACACACACACAGACAUCACUGUCUUAGCUCACAUCCACAUCAAAAGUAAGAGGAGGGGAUCCAUACCACUCUCAUGUCUUGGGGCUAAAAGUGAUGCUAGAGGCAGAGGGCGAUUAGUUUAGCUCAGCAUAAAGAGUGGAAGGAAAAGGAAAUGUGCAGUGCUCAGAGAUUCUUUUUCUCUGGGUGCAGGAGUCUUGAUUAGACUACCAUUGGAAACUCACAUCUGGCCAAGCUGUAGUUCCAGCAUGUCACUCCCCUUAAAUGUAACUCAUGAUACCUUCCCAAGUCCAUUCAUCUCCCGUAUUAUUACAUUUGUCUGUGUCACAAAUUAAUGAGUUUUUUUCAGGGCUGUUGUAUAAGGUUAGAUAUUACAGGUGUUUAUGCUCUCGUUGUGUCUGCUCCCUUUUAAUGUUGUCGUUUUCUAAUAGUCUCAGGCUAACUGCAGAGGUGAUGUUUGUCGUAGCAGAGGGCAGUGCAGUCAUGUUAACACUAGUGUUGAUACCACCUGGCAACUGAACAUGCUGAUCAUUUAGCCCAGGAGGGUGUUACUCCACCACAUGGGCUUUAAUAUAUUAUUAUAUAUUUGAUGCCGAGGUCUGUUCCCGCUAGAAUCCAUCUGCCACUGACACUAACCCGUAACUGCGCACAACGCCGCAAUGCCAUCAUAAACACGCGCUCGAAUAAACUCAUGUCAUCCUGUGUAACCACCCAUAUUAUCACUGCGUUUGUCCGUCAACUAAAACCUUUGUCUUGUUAACAUCUCAUAUUUACACCGAGAAACCCUAAAAAGUGUCUUGUAAUAUUUACAGCUCUGACGUAUUGUACUAAUGGAAAUAAUGAAGGCUGUAAAAAGACAACGUAUGCCUUUUCUCUCUCUUUGUAUUGUGAUAUCUUUUGUCUGGUACGUCGUCAAAGGAGUCUGAACAGAAAGGGUUGAAGAUUUUUGUGGCAGUGUCGACUGAGAGGAAUCCCAAACCUUCAACACACAAUUAACAAAAAAAGAUGACGCCCAUCGGUCCAGAAUUCCUCAGUCAGUAGGAAACUUGCUGUGUUUCUCUGACAGUUCUGUCCACGUAACAGACACUCAGGCUCCACUGCCACUUCAAUCUCAACCCCUCUCUACUCUUGUAGACUUUGGUUUGCCCAAAUAUAAAGGGAUUAAAUGUAUUUUACAAAUAAAGACUCAAUUGGU